AUGAGUAGUAGUGGAAUGAAUGUGGAAGAAAAUCUUAAUAGGUUGGAUGAAAUUCACAUUUCUGCACAUUUACAUGUGAAGCCGGCACGUGUGUUGACUUCACAUGGCACACUAGUCGACGUUUUUAGUACAGAAGACGCAGAUCCAAGUAUGGAGAUUAGGAGGCAGAUACUCGAACUGUAUCUAAGAAGAGCCGGAUUCUAUUAUGCGUCCUUGAUAAAGCGUUUUGAAUACGACAACCCAUUGAUUAGCGCUUUUGUGAAAAGAUGGCGUCCUGAGACCCACACAUUCCACCUGCCAUGGGGUGAGUGUACUGUUACUCUGGAGGAUGUUGCCAUGCAGUUGGGGUUACCAAUUAACGGUGAGCCGGUUAGUGGCAUUCUAAGGUCUUGGAGUAAGUUCCACCAGAGGGAUAUUUGGCAAUGGUGUGAGGAACUCCUCGGUGAAAUUUUUGAUGGACAUGUUGGGACCACGAAGUAUAACAUAAAAUUGAAAUGGCUCAGGAGUAGACUCCAACAGAUGUCUCUUGACUCUCCCGAGGAUGUCGUUGUACGGUAUGCACGUCGUUACAUUAUGUAUUUAUUGGGUGGCGUUUUACUUCCUGACAAAGCGAACAACACGGUUCAUGUUCGCUAUCUUCCUCUGUUGGCCAACUAUGAUGUCAUUACUACAUAUAGUUGGGGCAGUGCCACUCUCUGUUGGUUGUAUAGUGCCAUGUGCCUAGCGACGAAUUAUAACGUUGAGGGAAUGUCUGGCUGUCAUACAUUGCUCAUGUCUUGGAUAUACUUCAGGCUUUCUUUCUGGGCACCAGACGUGAUGAGCCCAUACACGUUUUCGUUAGCUACAAGGUGGGCGGGUAAGAGAGGAAAGAAUGACUAUGCCGAGCAACACUUGCAAAGGCACUGUCUGCGAUUGGACACUCUGAAGGUGGAUGAGGUAAUUAUUCUCGUUGUAUUUUAA